GCUGUGUUUGUUUGGUUUUGUUUCAUUUGAGCUUGUGUUUAAACCUUGUAAUUGUGUUAUAUUUAUCAUAAUAAUUAUGACUUUCCAAGAAUAGUAAUUUGAUAUUUUAUCUAUGAAAUGGAUGGAAGUCCUUGUGUAACAUUGCUGAAUGGAGCUGAAAUUAAUUUUAACUCCAAUGAUCAGCAUGAGGAUGACGAAGAAGAUAUUGAAGAGGAAAACAUGAGAAAAGAAAUGCUAAAGGCACAACUGGAGCAUGCUUUUGAUGACUGUUGGAACGAGUCGGACCAUGAGGAAGACAGCGGCAACUCGAGCAGCAGUGACGACGAAGGUGGACACCGUAAACACCAGAGAGCACAGCUAGUGCCGCCAUUCCGCAAACUCAGCAGUAUCAGUGAGCGUUCGCCCAAUAAGACUGUGGACAGUGAAAACUCCCUGUCUCAGAGUAGAUUUGUCUUCUCUCCCCCUAAAAUGUCUUUUGAGUCAACGGAAAAUGGUGAAGACAAUCCCCCAAUGAACGGCCAGGGAGAUGGUGAGUCUCGGCAUAAACAAGUUUUGAAGAAUAAACUGACAAGUGAAAAUAACAUUCAGUUUAAGCCCAUUUUCUCAAAUGGUUCCCUUAGUGAAAAAUCUCAUACUUCAAUUAACGAAAAUGGUGACAGUUAUACUGAAUCAGUCACAAAUGGUCAUACCAAUGAGAAUCAACCAUAUGUACCAGUAUUUAAUAACCCGACCAUGGAAAAUGGUGAUAAGUUUCAACAUAACAACUCUAACAGUGAGGUAUCUCACGAGUCUAUUGACGACAUUGCGGAAGCCUACAGACAAGCAGAGUACAACAGUGUUGAUCAGCUACGAGUGUUGUACGAGGUGAGGAUGAGAGAAAUACAAGAGCUACAAGCUGAGAAGCUCAGAGCUGCCAACCACCAGCAGGAGAUGAUGCGACGGUUGGCACUAAUGGAGGCAGAAAAACAAAGGGCCGUACUGUCUAGGACUGAGGCCAGCAAGCUGUUAGUUGCAUGUAAAGAAGAGAUUGGAAAUCUACAGAAAGAGUUGGAUUCACAGAAACAGACUAUAACAUCUUUAGAAAAGGACAAAGCAAAGAGCGAUGAUACGGCUGAAGUGUUGAGAAUCCAUGUUCAAGAGCUGGAACAGAGGAUUGAAUUAAUGGAACGGUUCGAUUCCAACAAAACAGCGGCAAAACAUACUGAAGCCAUCAUCAAGGAUCUCAGAACUAAACAGCAGCAAGAAAUGAAACUGGUGCAGAAGGAGAUGGACUGUCUGAGAACAAAGUUGUUAAAAAAGGAGGAAGAAUGUCGUGAGCUAGAGCGUAGAGUGGUAGAGCAGCAGAAGACACAAGAACAGCUGUUAGUUGACAAGGCUGAGACUAUUAAUCAGCUGGCCCGUCGUCUGGAGGAGAGCCAGUCACAGUGUGGUCAGCUGAUGUCAGCCAAUGUCACGGUGGAGAAUGUGAAGCUGCAGAACCAGCUGGGCCAAGUACUGAGGGAGAAAGAAGAACUCAGCCAGACAGUUCGGAAUCUCCAGGCAGAAUGUAGCAUUAUGAGGUCUGACCUGACCCAGUACGAGAGUUUGUCCAGACUGACACAGCCUCACAGUAACAGUUCCAGUGAUGAUACUGACUCCAUCACACAAUUGGGAAUCAGCAGCCGCAGCAGGCAUACCAACCUCAACACAACCGAUAUGGUGACCAAACUGAAGGACGAACUCCACAGGGCGCUACUCAAUCAGAAAGCUAAACGUUCUGAGAUUCUCCGUCUUCAAGAGACCAUCCAACACAGAGACAGAGAGAUAAGGGAAAUGAGAGAUCAAGAGAGAGUAUACAUGGCAGAGAUCGAAACUAUGAAAGAGCAACUGAAUAAUAUGAUGAUGGAAAUAAGAUCGGUGAAAAACCAAAAAGAGGCCGAAAAAGACACAAAUAACAAAUCCAAAUCUGAAGAAAUUUUACAAUUAAAUGCCCAAGUAGCAGAACUGAACAAAGAAAAAGCUGUGAUAGAAAGAGAGAAACUGGAAGUGAAGAAGAAGUUGGAUGAACUAACCAAAGAGUUUGAAGAGGAAAAGAAAAAAGAGAUUUCUGAAAAUAAUAAAGAGUAUUUGAAGUUUCACGACGAAAUUGUGUCCAAAGUCAGAAAAGAAAUGGAACAAGAGGCUGAGUUGAGAAUUAAAGAGUACAGUGUUAGACUAGAGCAGAGUCUGAAAGAAGUGAACGAUGUGAAGGAUAUGUAUGUUUCUGUCUGUGCUGCAAAGGAAGAAAUGGCACUCCAGUUACAGAAGCUUAGUGCAGAAAAAGAUAGAAGUGGUGAUAGAGAAGAAGAGAGAGAUAGACUGAAGAAAGAGUUGAAGGAGUAUAUGGACAUGAGGGAUCAUCUCGCUCGAAGAGUCAACACAGCAGAAAGAGAAAAUGCUAAACUUGCUACUGAAAUGGAUAAACUGAAGACUGAACUGGAAAACAAAAUAUUAACAAAUGAAGAAAACCAGGUUUGCCCAGAGUGUGCCAGACUACAGGAGGAGCUGAGUAACAUGUCUGUACGUCACACAAAUGAGUUGACCACAGCACGAUCACAGCUGCAGGCUGCUAGGGACAGAUUGUUACAGCUGGAGAAAACGGCUCGUCAACAGUUUGACACGGAGAUCAAAAGCUUACGGCAGGAUCGUGACUCCCUCAAGACAAAGUGCGAUGAAAAGGAGAACCAGAUAAAAAAACUGAUUGAGAGUCGAAAACGAACACCUACAACUACCAGCUGUGCAACACAAACAGACGUGAUGUUUGUGGAACAAACAACAGAAGACAAAGGAGUGCUUGAAGGGGUAGAAAAGAGACUCAGAGAAGAGUUUGAACAUAAUCUUGCAGUUUUGGAGAAAGCCCAUCAAGAAGCUGUUGUAGCUUCAAGAAACCAACACAAACAGGAAAUUGAGAGAUUACAACAGGAACAUCAACAUAUGCUUGAGGCAGAAGCGCAACUGAGAGUUAGUCAUCAGAGAGCUCUACAGGAAGUAGAAGAGAGAACUAAGCAGGUGACCUUGGAGUUCUGCGCUGCGCAGAUCAGGCGGCUAGAGGAGCAGUAUAUGGAAGAGGCUUGUCGGCGCGCAGACCCCAGCGUGGUUGGCGCACUACAGACAGCGCUGCAGGAACGUGUCGGAGAGGUGAAGAAGUUAAAAGAGAGGUUGGCAUCACUGCAAGACGAGCACCAGAAACAGUUGGCCACACUGCAACAACAGAUAGAGGCUGACAGAAACAGAACGACCCAGCUGAUGGUACAGUGGUCUCAGGAGCUGAAAAACGCUCAAGGUGAAGUGAAAUUGAAGGAAGCAAUCAUUGACGACCAAAGCUCAAAGAUUCAAAAGGCGAAAGCAAAGGUGCAAAAACUGCGAAAUCAGCUGAUAACGACUAAUCAGAACAUAGAAGCGGAAUAUACCAGCAAGUGUAAUCAGUACAAAGCGGAGUUUAUCAAGGUGAUGGAGGAACAUGAAAAAACUGUAAACGAACAAGUCAAACAACUGAGAGAAGCUUAUCAAAACCAAGUGAGAGAAUUGAAAAAGGAGCUGAGGAAAAAGAAAAGCACAGAGAAGAUUGUAUAAGCUGCAUUCAAAAAGUGCUAUUAUUAGUUGUAAGAAUUUAACAAGUUUCCCUUCAACUGUGAUCAAGACCAUUUCUGAGAAAUGUGCCUUUUAAUCAUUUUAAUAUGUUAAUACUUUAGGACUUAUAUUUGUGA